GGGUCGGCGGAGCGCGGCAGUGCGCAGGCGCUCUCCUUGCCGCUCGGCUCCCUCCCCGCCGGUCUCCGGCAGGCGCCUGCGAGCCAUGGCCUCGCGAGAUGUAAUCGGGCCCGCGUUGCCUCCGGGCUUCGUCCGCUCCUCAUCGCCUGACGACGGCAGUCGGGUUGCAGGGCCAGCAUUACCUCCUGACUACAGAAGCAACCUAAAAAGACGAGAUUGUGAUCAAGACUACACCUCUCCUCGUGUGCCCAGAGAAGCAGAUUCGGAUUCUGAAGAUGACAGAGACGCAAGCCAAAAUCCCAGGAAACAGAGAAGACUUCAAGAUGAUGAGGAUGAUGGAUUCUUUGGACCUGCUCUUCCACCUGGCUUUAAAAAACAGGAUGAUUCUCCAGAAAGGCCAGUCAUAGGCCCUGCUUUACCACCAGGCUUCAAGAAACAGUCAGAAGAGGACGAAGAAGACAGAAGCUCCACCAGGUCUUCUCUGCCAUCUCUGUCCUCAUCCCAGGCCAGUGAUAGCAGUGAGGAUGAAGAAGGCAUAAUUGGCCCAGUGCCUGCCAAGGGACCAGCUGAAUCUAGCGUAGCUGCAGACUUUGAGUGCCGAGCUCAGAAAAUGAAAGAGAAACUUCUUGGUCACGACAAUAAUGAAUCUAAGCAAGUCAAAAGAGAGUCUUGGAUGACAGAACUUCCCCCAGAACUCAAAGGCUUUGGACUCGGUCCGCGGACGUUCAAAAGAAGAGCUGAUGACGAAUCGGGAGAUAGAUCUAUUUGGACGGACACCCCAGCUGACAGAGAAAGGAAAGGCAAAGAAGUGCAAGAUGGGAAGAAACCAGCGAAGAAGGGUGACAGAGCGAUGGUGGUGUCAGAACGAGACAAGAAAAUGGCUGAACAGGUGUCUUCGUACAACGACUCCGAGAGGUCUGAAUCUCUUAUGGAGAUACACCACAAAAAACUGAAGAGGAAAGCCGCAGAAGACAAGAACAAGCCCCAGGAGAGGAGGCCGUUUGACCGGGACCAGGACCUCCAAGUCCAUCGAUUUGAUGAAGCGCAGAAGAGAGCCCUCAUAAAACAGUCCAGAGACUUGAACACCAGAUUUUCCCACAGCAAAUGCAACAUGUUUCUGUAAUGUGUGUGAAGAUGCUGAAGUACAGUUGUGUGCCAUUCUACAUUAUGUAGUGCUGUAUA